GCAGCCACAAAACAGAGAAAUAGUUACAUGUAUAACGACAAAAUGAUAAGUAAACGCAUCGCUAACGUUGUGAUGCGCCGCAUAGUAGCGGAAACACUAUGCCACCGUAGUUACCACAUCCAUUUUGUUUAAAUCUUCAAGGACGAGUUUCGUUUUCUAUCGCAAAAUGUCCGCCGCUAAUGACGAGGACGACAGAGUUGACACGAAUGUGAGCUCUGAACAGGUGUUUGCGGAAGACGCUGGUUUUAGUCAGAACGAAGGCUUUUCUUCUGAAGAACAAAACUUUAACAAAGAUGAGGCUUACAAGCAAGAAGACCGUUUUCAACAUCCAAAUUCUGGCAGGCCAAUGCGGGCGAUGCGAUUCCCUGGUCCACAUAUGCAGUACCGACCUGGGCCUCGCCCGCCUUUUCAACCGACUUUUCGUGGACCUCGUAUGCCUAUGCAUAUGCCUUCUGCCCCCCAGUGAGUUAUUACCUUAAUUAUUGUCUAUAUUCCUAGUGGCAUGCCGUUUAUGAGACCAGGAAUGGGGCCGAAUCGAACUGGACCACCUUUCGACGCUUAUGGCGCCCCUCCGAUGGGUAUGCCUCGCGGCCCGCCGAGACACAUGCAGCAUUAUCAACACCGUUAUCCACCAAUGAACGAGAGUCACGACGAAGACACUGACGAUUCACUUCAAAACUUUAACGAAAUUAAUGCCCAAUGUGGCGAAUUUGACGUCCCACCACCAAACUCCAGCGGAUAUCAAACUGCGCCACCUGGCAUGCGUCCACGUGCUCCGCCCCCAUUUAUGAUGGGCCCUCACGGUGGACCUCAUCCUCCAGGAUUGCCACAUGGAGGCCCGCAACUCCCAGGCCCUCCGGGGCCUCCUCCAUAUGGACCUCCGUCUUUCGGUGGCCACGGUCAGCCGAUGAGCACAUCCAAUUCCGCUCCGUACACUGCUGCCGGUCCAACUUACGGUAGUUCCAACGCCGGUAGGCCAUUUGCUGGUCCACCCGGAUCGAUGUACACUGGACCUCCUGCAGCUCCAAACUGCCCACCAACCUCCAGUUAUAACAAUCAAAAUUUUGGUAACCCACCCCCUGUCCCAGGUAUGGGAAUGCCUCCCGGAGCUCAAGAUUUUUCUUCACCGCAUUCAAAUUUUAACCAAUCUACUCAUACCUUUAAUGGUCCUCACUUUCCCGGUCAAACCCGACCUAAUUUUGGUGGACUCGCUGGCAUGCCUCCUCCUACUGCCGCAUCUCCUUCCACUCAUCCUAUUCCACCAUCCAACGUCCCGCAUACUGGACCACCAGUACCGCCUCCAGGCAUGCAGUCCCCAGGAAUGGUCCCUGCCACUCCUCCUGUUGCACAAGGUGCCAAUGCUAAAAGCGCUCCUGGCACUCUUGCCGGGCCACCUAUGCCUACACUCCAACCGGGUCCUACAUUCAGCCAGCAGUCCGAUGGCCCAGCUGGUCCUGCAUUUCCGAGCCCUUCAAAUUUGCCUUUCGCCUCUCCUCGCCCACCUUACAGUGCACCGAGUGGAUCGCUUCCUACUUCAACUUCAGCCACUGUGACCAAUCCAUCAGCUACACCCACCAGUACAUCUGCUCUCUUGCCACCUUUGUGCCCACCGCCAGCUCCCCACCCUCCGGUAACUACUGCAUCAUCUGGGUACACGUUCACCGGAUCUACCGAAGGGGCGCAAUUUUCUGUGCCACCAUCUUUCCCUCCCUCUGGUAACAUUGUUCGGCCAAUGAUCGGCCAACCGGCAAUUCCACCGCAACCGUCCAUUCCGUUCCAUAUAAUGCCACCACCAAUGCCAACUGUGCCCGUGGUUGCUCCUUCCAUGCCACCUUUCCAACCACCGAUACCGUUCAUGCCACCCAUAGCGAACACCCUGCCGCCUCUGGCUCAACCACCCGUCCAACUGAAGACUGGAGAAGACAUCUGGGUGGAAAAUUUGACUGCUGAGGGCAAACCGUAUUAUUACAAUAUGCGCACUCGCGAAACACGAUGGGACAAACCAGAGGGUGUUACCAUCGUUCGUCAAGGAGAAGUAGAGGGGACCUCCAAACCUGUUGUAAGCCAGUCCACGAGUUCAGCGCCUUCCGCAACAUCGCUUUUAAAGCCACCAGAAGUGGCUUUGUGGACCGAAUAUCGUAACCCUGAAGGGAAGGCUUAUUACCACAACUCAAAGUCGGGCGAAACUACCUGGGAAAAGCCCAAAGUGCUACUUGAGUGGGAAGAAUCUCAUGGUACAUCAGCAAACUCACAAGUACCAUUGGGGUCGACUACUGCGAAAGCGCCCUCGACAGCUGUGGUGCAACCUACCUCACUAACUGAUGACCAACCUCCCAAGGCAUCAAUCAGCAAUCCUGAAGCAUUGAGCGGCCAAGUAGCUGCUGAAUCAAAAGCGGACGUAGAAAAAAGAGCACCUGUAGAAAAACCCGAAGCCUCCACUGAAGACUCAAAUGAAACGAAAAAUGGUCAAAGUAAAGUUCAAAAAGACAGCAGUCGGCCGGUUUCAAGCACAGCCGUCCCUGGUACCCCUUGGUGUGUAGUAUGGACCGGGGAUGACCGUGCAUUUUUUUUCAACCCUAGUCAGCGCCUAUCGGUAUGGGAAAAGCCAGAAGAACUCAAAGGACGUGCGGACGUCGAUCGUUUACUUGAGAAGAGACCGGGUAACGCAAACACAUUAUCAAACGAAGUCAAGACUAACGAAGAGGUCAAAUCAGAGACGGGAGAAACUAGUCCGAAAAAACCACGGUUAGAGGACAAUGAGCAUACCAUCAACCCUGAUAAUGGUACUGAUGUAUUAAACAAUGGAACAACAGAUAUCACGGACGUUGAGAUGGAAAAGACUGCUUCCGUACCGGACAAAAUUCCCGUGGGUUUGGAAGCUGCUCGGGAAGCUGAAGAGCGGGCAGCUCGCGAACGUGCCGUCCAACCACUCGAAGUUCGUGUGCGACGUUUUAGAGAAAUGCUUGUCGAGAUGCAGGUAUCCGCAUUUUCAACUUGGGAGAAGGAACUUCACAAGAUAGUUUUUGAUCCGCGGUAUCUCUUGCUUGCUAGCAAGGAACGCAAGCAGACCUUUGAGGCAUAUGUAAAAGAACGAGCUGACGAAGAGCGCCGUGAAAAGAAGAAUAAAUUGAAGGAACGGAAAGAGAAAUUCGUAGAAUUGCUUGAGGAAGCUAGUUUGUCCUCAAAGUCCUCCUUUAGUGAUUUCGCUGCGAAGUAUGCCAAAGACGAGCGUUUUAAGAACAUCGAAAAGGCGCGCGAGCGUGAAUCAUUCUUUCAAGAGUUCUUGUCAGAUCUCCGAAAACGGGAAAAGGAUGAGAAGCACAAGGAAAAGGAGAAGGUGAAGUCAGAUUUCCUCGCUCUCCUCAAGGAACAAAAGCACAUUUCCCGACAUUCUCAUUGGAGUGAAGUAAAACGGAAGAUCGAUUCCGAUCCCCGAUACAAAUCAGUCGAUUCUUCCUCUAAACGAGAGGAUUGGUUUAGAGAUUACAUUCGAAAAUUAGAUGAGAACCCUCCUUCCCGUGAAAAUAGUGAAUCGAGAAAGGAGCGCGAGAAAAAGGAGCGUCAGGAGGCCUCACUUAGGGAGCGCGAAAGGGAAGUCAAAGAAGCACUGUCUUCUUCACUCCGCGAACGUGAGAAAGAGCGUGAGCAACAGAUGCAUAUAGAACAAGAGCAGAACUUUCGUACAAUGUUAACUGAAUCAAUAAGAGAUCCAAACAUCAGUUGGAAGGAAGCCAAAAAGAUACUUCGAAAAGAUGAUAGAUGGGAACUUGUCAGUGACGUAUUACAACGUGCUGAAAGGGACGAGCUAUUCAAAAAUCACUUAUCAAACCUGAUGAGGAAAUCGCGCGAUUUGAAGCCAUCCAGCGAAUCGGAUAAUAAAGAGAAACGACAUUCGAUGGAUGACGACCGGAGGGACGAAUAUGCUCAUGAAAACGAUCGGAAAUAUGCUGCGUUGGCCAAAGAUUCCUCAAGACGAUAAAUGCGCCUUUGACAGCUGACCGUAUCAUUGAUCGGUCCAGCCCCUUUGGGCAAUCUGUGUACUCUAAAGUGUUAUCUGCACUGGCUUCAUCACUUUCUGGAUGUGUGCAUUGUUUCCCCUUUUGCUCCAAGCACGUUAACGUUAUUGACUCUGUUUUCUGAUGAUAUUCGGAGCAAUAAACUCAUUUUUGGCCAC